UGGUGACAGUUGUGCGAUUAUGAGCGAUUCACGGUGAAACAAGUUUCGAAAAAUUUCCUCUUGCCGAACGUACAUGGUCUCACUAAGCAGAGUUUUCUCGCAAUGAAGGUGAACCCGACAAGCGCCAACGAAUCAGCCUCUAUGUCGCAGCCGGUCCAGGAUGCAGAGCAGGGCCCAUCCUCGACACCGUCGCUCCUAUCCGAUCUCCAUAGCAACGAAAUCGGCGAGAUAACCGAGAUGCCGGAUUACGAGAACUUGUGCACGUCCGCGGUGCUGCACUACUGCAAGCACAAAAUACUGAAGCCCUACCUGGGCCUACUGAGCGUCAUGGGCCUGAGGCCCAACACCGAGGGAAUCGAGCGCUCGGCCUGCCUCAACUGCCUGAUCCACUACCACACCUUCCAGGUCGUCAUUUUCAUGUGCAUCGGCUACGUCCUGCAGUUCUUGGCCUGCUACAGGAGGGACCGAGGCUUUUGCUACAAGGCACCGCUGAUCCAGACCGAGUGGCUGUCAUCGAGUACUCGAGGAGGCGACGACUACGACAAGCUGUGCUACGGUAGCCCGGCGUUCGCUUACUUCGUCCCGAGUAGCCUGCACCUGAUCGCCUACCUGUACACGGUCUACCUGUUCCGGGUCAAGGACAACGAGCAGCUGCAGAACCUCAUGGAACGGGCCUUCCUGCUCUCCUUCAAUCCGGCCAACCGAGGGGGUCAGAAGCGCCUGGUCAGGACCCUGGGCCUCUUUAUCGGCCUGGGCUUGGUGUGGCUCCUUUUGGCCCUGGCUGCCGUCAGUCUGAUGACCGCGAGGGAGGCCGUGUCCUUUCGGUGGCUUGAAAAGAGGUUUCCCGAGGCCAAGACGGGGCUCCAGGUGCUCCUGGUCCUGUGCACGUUGUGGCACGACAUGGUCCAAAGCACCAUCAUAACGAGCUACUGCCUGCAGGGCCAGCUGUUGAUAUCGCACUUGAAUUUCUUGAAGAUCAAACUGUUGCAGCACUCCAUGUCCGGGCUCGAGUGGAUGAAGGAGAUAAGCGAAUUUAGAAAACUUUUGAAAUACUUCAAUGAUCAGUACGCCCCGGCUGUUUGCAUUUACACGAUCGUUAAUAUAUCUUACGCCCUGUCAGGCUUGGUGUGGCUGAUCAAGUUAGGCGAGGACAAUCGCAAGAUGGACCUGCUGGGCUACACUAACGUUGUCAACGUUUGCCUCUGGAUCUGGAUAUCCGUAGCUCCGUUUGUUCAAGCGGCUCGAUUGACCACCACCUGCUCGAUGAUGCAGAGCAUCGGGCACGAGGUGCGCGUGAGGCCGUACGUUUAUCAGAGCACCCCCGGCGAGGACUUGGACACGCUGCUCCUGUACACGUCGUCGCUGAAAAUGUGCGCGAGGCUCUACAGGGUGCCCAUAACAGGCCGAUACCUAUGCUUGUUCGUCGCUGCCGGCAGUGUCAGUACUCUUACACUGGGACUGUGUCAAUUUUUCUCCUAGUUGAUUAUAUUGCGUUUGUAUGCACGAGUUUUGUUUCGUUAUCGCUAAUUAUUGUUGUACGUAAAUAAGUACAAGCGCGUUUCAAAUUAAAAAUGCCCCUCCUAGAUAAUAUAAUGGUGAUAAUAAUAUAUUAUAUUGUGGUGUAGUAUACAUAUCGUGCGUAUGCAUGCAAGAGUCUGAUGUGAGUUAUAUUUACUAAAAACACAAUUGUUUCUUCGUAACUUUUUUGCAAAAAAAGUUAAUUCUUUAUAAUGUGUAUUCAUUGAUUGUUUGUAAAAAAUAAAAAUGAAUAUGUAACAUACAUACAUUCGAAAAAAAACAACUAUAGCGUAGGCUGAAAUGGAAACCCGAGAGAUUUUUUUUUCGAAUCAGGGCGUCUAAUAUUAGUAAAAUAAAACUUGCUCUCAAUUGUUUAUCUUUUUUAAUCUUCACCUUGAUACCUCAAAAGCAGGUGGCGAGCAAUGCGGCAGAACGAGUGUGAUAGUUGAGGUAAACUGCCACGGAACUCAAAAUACGGUUUUUUAAACGUCA